UGAUGCCGAAAUUGAACACGAGAAGAAUAAGAUUGCUGAAGAGGACAAAAUCAAGAAAGAGAAGGUGAAUGAAGAAAGGAGAGCUCAAGAAAAGCUGGAGAGGGAAGAACUUAACAAGCGCAUGAUGGAGAAUAUGAACAAAUGAUUGGAUUCCGUAUGUUUGGCACUCUAUGGAAAAACGGUGGAUGAAGUGACUGCAUCACGGAUGGCUGAGACGCCCCGUACGACUGCCCCGAUGGGGAAGACGGACGACAACGACGAGCUGUUAGCUAAGCUGAUGGCUGACCAAGAAAGGAUGAAAGUGCAACUUGAUGAAGCGGCGGCGGCUAGGAAGCGGCUGGAGAAAUUGGAGCAAGAGAUCUCUUGUCUCCGUCAAGCUCGGGACGAUACGAAGGCUGAAGCAGAAGCUUGGAGACAAGAGGUUUUUUUACCAAGCUCAAAAAGAGGAUGCGUGACCCUUUCCAUUCCCAGUGUUCAGGCCACAGUGUUACCCCGAUGUACGCCUACCAGGACCCCGACGGUGCGAGUCGAUUACAAGGAGCUAAAGCAGCUUCAUCAAAUGGAGGUGGACAAGCUUAAGGAGCUCCAGUUGUUGGAACUCAAUGAGAGGAGAGAGGCCGAACAGGAACUUGGGCUGGCCAAGCAGAAGAUUGCAUAGAUGGAGGCUGGGAGAGCCAGUCAUACACCACGGUCUAAUCUAAGGGAACGA